AUGCCUCUCUCGGCCAUCAAGACGGUCGCAAAGGCUCAGAAUGGCGUAGGGGCCUUCGUCCUCCAAUGCAAGCGUCUCGACUUCCACUACUGCAACUGGUGGGGUAGUUCCCACGGGAUGAACACCUUCAUCAAGUCCUCGCUUCCCUCCUUUGCAAAGCGCAACCCACAAGUCGAGUUCUCGGUAUCCCCGCGGCCGCGCAAGCACCCAGUCAUAAUAGCACAUUACAUCAACGGCACCCAGCGAUCGAUAUGCGUCAAAAACCUACAAAAUGAAGGUGUUAGGGAGAAAGCCGAGCUACUACGAGACUCGAAUGGAGAGAAGAACAGGAAAAUUGGCAAGCCAGUGGCCAGUAUCAAUGAGAGCGUGCGAGGAAUUUGGGAUCCAUUCCAUGGAGCAAAGAUAAAUAUAUAG